AUGAAUAUCACUGCAUAUAAAGACGAAUGGACCGCAUAUAAUGAUGAAUUAACAAGACGUAACAAAAUAUCAAGGCAUAAGACAGCUCUGCCAUUCCAUAUCUUGAAGUCCGUGACAGUCAUUUCAUAUCUUGAAGUCCGUAACAGUCAUGAAGUGUAUUACCCUGGCAGAAAAUUUGAAACCGCGUUCAUUAGAGACGAGACUAACGACUUGAGACGUCGUCGCGAAGCCAAAUAUUUCUUUGAAGAAGCUGCUAAAGAUUUGGAAAGAAAACUUAAACAAAGUGAAAAAGACACAGAAAACGAAAACAUUCGCGAAAAUGUUGGCGAUCGAAGCGUCACGUUGGGUUCUGAGGAUUUGAUCUAUUCAAGCGCAGACGUUGGUUUAUUUUCGUCAAUUUUGUUGGCUUAUAAUAAUCAUUGGAAACUGCGAACGUCUCCCGAAGACUGGUGGUUUGUUGUCAUCAGAAAGGUCGCCAUCGCCAUUGACAAACAUUCAAAACAUGAAAACGUACGGAAGAUGUUUGUUGAACACGAAGGCAAGAAAGCAUUGGAAGUAGAAGUGAAUUGUAAUAAUAUCUAUGAUGUAAACUACUCUUCAUUUUUUGAUGCCAUGUCACAUGAAAUAUCAAAGAAUGUCAAAGUUCCUGGUUAUGUUGAUCUGAUAUCUGCUGAUUUCUCAUCAAGCACACCAGUGCAAAAGAUUGUAUCCCAAAUCACUUUGAUGUCUUCAUUACAGGAGUUCUUUGAAUACAGAAUGUGUUUGACAUGUGGUAUUCCAGCUGUUGAAAUGCUUGGCACUGAGGAAGAUUGGAGGAAACUUAUUGGAAAACUAGAUGCACUCCAAAAUCUUCUUAAACCGAUUGAGCAUGAGUGGAUACCACAAGAAUGGUGGAAACUGGCGGAAAAUAUAUUUAAGAAACUGCUUGCAACUUACUGUGGUGAACCUGAUUGCGAAUGGUGGUCAAAAAUUGUCAGCGAAGAAGGAUUUGGUUCAGGACCUCUCUACGAAGGAUGGAUCCCACAGCUCAUGGCAAACUUAAAAAGUCCUGCAGAUUUCAGUGAUUUUACAAGUGGACUUGUCACGGUACCGCUAACUCUUUCACAUCCGUCAGGUUUAGCUGAUGAGGCUGCAUUAGUUGCUGGAUGUCUGGGUUAUAAGCUUCACGAGAAUGAUGACAACAUACCAUCUGUACAGCCUUAUCAAGGAUGGUGUCUUAUGUUGCCAAAGAAUUCACCAUUUCGAGCUGAACACCAAUGAUUGAGCAAUUUUGAACAAUCUUGCUACGUUUUUGAGACAAAAUAAAUAAUCACUACUCUCUACUUAUUAUAGACAGCAAAAUGUAUGAAAAAAACUUAUUUAUGUACAAUACUUGAUGUUAUUUAGUUGUUCUAUCUACGUAAUAUAUUAAAAAAAUAAACUAUUUUUGAAAAUGAA